UUUGUUACACGUAACAUUCUAAGUUCCAGUAUAUAUGCAACUUAUAGAAAACAAUGUUUUCUAGUGAUAAAACAUGUCGGUCUAUAUGUAACUUAUAGAAGACAAUGUUUUCUAGUGAUAAAACAUGUAGGUUUAAACAGAAAAUACACAAACGGAAAAUACACAAACGGAAAAUACACAAACGAAAAAUACACAAACGAAAAAUACGCAUUUAUGUUAACCCUGAAAUCUUACCAGUAACGUAACAUUAAAGGCCCCACACCUUAUCCACAUAGCUGUAUUAUUACAGGUAGCAUGGGCUGAGGUUGAGCUCAACAAAUUAAACCGUUCCACCACCUCUUAUUUUAUUUGAUUAUCUUUUUCUCAUUUGUCCGCUCUCUUUGACCUUCAGAUGGCCCGGCUGUCUAAAUGCCAUCCAAACCUUAUUUACCGUCUUAUAGCCUAUCAGCCCUUCUCGGCGUGAUCUCAGUAUUCUUGAACCUAUUAUCGCCAGUAGUACUUGGCUCUACGCGGGUAAUGUUAACGAUACUAAAUAGUUGCAUGCUAUUUAAUCCUCUCUUUACUUGGAAAACCUCAGCACGAAGGAAGUACCGUUAGGAAUUGCUGGCUGAUACCGAAGCAUUUUGGACAGAGAUGGUUAAAGUAUCGCUAGACAGAUACAUAAAUUGUUUGGUGUGCUUAAACCCUCAACAUUAAGGACGUGGGUUGUUCAACGAAGCGUGAUCCAUUGCCGUCGUAACGUAUUGACGUACAUUUGUGUUGAUUAUCAGCUCGAAUGUCUACCAAAGAUCAGAAAUAUUGUGACAAAUUUUAACCCGAUGUUCCCAAUGGUUUUCUGGAAGUCUAUUGAGCAAAGCAGCGGGUAUAUUUAAUUAGUCUUUUCCCCUCAUACAGGACGGGAAAAGAUUCGGAGGAUUGGUGAAGUAGAGUUUUCAUCUGUUAAAGGCACUUUAAAGAGUCGACGGUGGCGGAAUUACAUGAAUCUACGACCCAAACCACCGUUCACAAUUUGAGAAAACUUUUUCAAGAGUUUCAUUUGAGCCUAAUAAACUUCAUGUUGAAAUACUUCGUCACCAACCAAAAAUCAGCAUCGAACGAUUAUAUUUAUUUGACAUAUUUAUUCUCAACAUAAAACAAACACUGCCUGGCUUUAGAUAAAGGAUAACGAUUUUGGAGCAGUCUCUGGCAUCUCAUCGGUGAACCGAUUCGUCACCGAUUCGUAAAGCGAGCAGGACGAGGAUUUUCACGAUCACGUGUUGGAUCCAAUAAGAACAACAGCAGAGAAAACGAAACUGAAAGUUGAGGACAGGAAAAGAGGUGGCAAAACUGGACAGCCUAAAGAACCAAUCGCUGAUGGCGGAGUCGUCAGUUCCGCUAACCAGCAAUGAGGGUGCAUCAAGUGCCAGCGUUUCUGACGAUUCUACGUCUAACUCAUCGUGUAGGGACGUGACUAUUGGGAUCGGGGGCCAUGUUAAACCCAAGGGUGCCCCAGCGGAGCGUGCCCAGUGGGGGCGGCAGAUCGAGUUCGUCCUCUCCUGCGUGGGGUUUGCCGUGGGGUUGGGUAACGUCUGGAGAUUUCCGUACCUGUGCUACAAAAAUGGUGGAGGUGCAUUCCUGGUCCCAUACUUCAUCAUGUUGUUGUUGGUGGGAGUUCCGAUCUUCUUCUUGGAACUGGCUUUUGGUCAGUUUGCUAGUCUAGGACCCAUCAGUAACUGGUCGUUCAGUCCGCUGUUCAAAGGGGUUGGGGUCUGUGCCGUCAUGAUCUGUGGGGUCAUCAACAUCUAUUACAACAUCGUCCUAGAUUAUUGUAUAUAUUUCUUCUUCGCCUCCAUGACCCAAUACCUACCGUGGGAGACCUGCGACAACUGGUGGAACACGUGCAAGUGCAAAGGCCCGGAUGUCAUGGACAACGCCACCUGGAUUAAUCUGACACGACCGGAAUGCAUUGACAGUUAUUACAACGGAAAUCUGACGCUAGCGGAUAUCAACAACACGCAAUCGCCGAGUGCGGAAUUUUACAAUAAUAACGUACUUGGCCUCUCCAGUGGCAUCGAGGACAUGGGUUCACUAUCCUGGAAGCUGGUCCUUGUACAUCUUUUGGCCUGGCUGGUUGUUUUCUGUGUUCUGAUUAAGGGCGUUCAGUCCUUCGGCAAGGUCGUGUAUUUUUCUGCCAUAUUCCCGUACAUACUGCUGACGGCUUUGCUGAUUCGGGGUGUGACGUUACCAGGCGCCAUUGAUGGAAUCACGUAUUACAUCAAACCUAAGUGGUCGAAAUUAUUGGAAGCGUCGGUGUGGAGCGAAGCGGCGGCACAAAUCUUCUAUUCCCUCAGUGCGUGUCAGGGCGGUCUCGUUGCAAUGGCUAGUUAUAACCGGUUCAACAACAACUGCAUGAGAGACGCGUUCAUCAUUCCAGUCAUCAACUGUAUGACGAGCUUUUACGCUGGGUUUGUUAUAUUCUCUGUACUGGGCUUCAUGGCGUAUGAAAAAGGUGUGAACAUCAGCGCAGUAGCGGACGAAGGUCCCGGUCUUGCAUUCAUUGUGUACCCAGAAGCGAUCUCAAAGAUGCCAAUAGCCCCCCUCUGGGCCCUCCUCUUUUUCUUCAUGAUGAUGACAUUGGGAUUCAGCACUCAGUUUUCUGGAAUGGAGACUGUGAUCACAAGCGUCAUAGACGAGUAUCCCAAACUUCUGCGGCAGAAAGUCCCAUCUAUUCUCUGUCGCCUCGGACUAGUUAUACUCACUUGCAUUCUGGGAAUUCCAAUGGCGACACAGGGUGGACAAUACCUAUUGACUCUGAUUGAUGCGAAUAUUGGUGGAUAUCCGUUCCUUGUCGUCGGUCUCAUGGAACUCAUUACACUCAACUGGAUUUACGGAUACAAUCGAUUUGCGGAGGACAUCGAGAUGAUGAUUGGUCGAAAGCCCUUCAUCUACUUCCGGAUCAUGUGGUGCUUUGUUUCUCCCGGCAUUCUUGUCGCUUUGAUCGUGUUCUCAGCCAUUCAGACGCAGCCUCUCACCAUGGGUGACUACGUGUAUCCUGGUUGGGCAAACGCCCUUGGCUGGAUCAUAACGGCUAUCCCCAUUGGCUGUAUCCCCGGCUGGAUGGUGUACUACAUUUGGCGAGAGGCCGGCUCUAUGAAGAAAUUAGGAAAAUUCCAUUGGAAAAAGCUCCUGAAGAAAGUGAUAUCGCCGAAGCCGGAAUGGGGGCCGUAUCUUCAGGUCAACAGGAAAGGCCGCUACACGUGCAGUGACCUCAUGCUACAAAGAAGCGAUUGUCCUCUCAAUGGACCCAACAUCGGUACCACGGCCUAAACCUGAGACAGCUGUCAGCCAACGAGAACGCACGUAAAUUCCCAACGGCCGAUAACCAUACAAAGGGAGACAACUCUGGAUAACCGAAUUGAAAAUACGCAUAUAUGGGUAGAGCUUAGUGUCAGCUUAUUAUAUACCCCAUAGUAGACAGGGACACGUACGCGAGAACGAGGGGGUGGGGUGGGGGUGUCGAAAGAGAGAAUGGGAGUUGUGUGUGUCGUGAUAUUUUAAGACGUGGUUAAAUAAAAGGAAGAUAAAUAUCUAACAGUAUUAUGGAACAAUCCCUUUCCAAAGAUAUGUUUGUGCAUCGUAUUUUCCGUGUAAUAUAUACAUUUAUAUAUAUCUGAUUAAAUUUAAGGCAAAGUAUUUUUCAUAGGCAAAAAUAACAAGAAAAAGCAUUGGCUUUUCAUGCAAUAUCAAAGAUUCAAUAUUAGGCAGAUAUACAUGAAUAUUCAAUUAUUCCAUUGGCAUUAGCCUAUGAAGAAAAACGAAACAUGAUCUAAAUAUCACAAGGUUCUCGUAUGAAGUUUUUACAGUGUGGAGGAAGCCUCUUAUGCAGUACACCCUUCUUCCAUUUGACCCAUUGAAAUGGAAUCCAAAAGUUUACCAAAUGCGCACUCAGUCUAUCCAUGUACACUGGGAUAUCUAUUUCCGCGCAGUGGCAACUCGGAUCCACGGUAGAUGGAUCAUUGCUUUCUUGUAAUACAUCGGUAUGCAACGUUACCAUUUUCUUCACAACACGUCAUCGAAAGACAUGUCUGAACAAUGAACAACAGCGCAGUUCCGAAAUAAUAUUGGCGGGAAUGGCUCGUCCUUUAAAGUGCUAAGCUAUGUUUUGUAUCCAGCAUUAGGUUUAUAACUAAAAUUAUGGAAGAGAAAGUGCGGGAAAUAGGUUAAGCACAAUUAAUUUUGUGUUUUUCAAAAUGCUUUUAAGCUAUCAAAAUUUAUCGUUUAAGUGCUGAAUGGUACUACUAGUCUCUGGGAUUUUUAUAAAUAAUGGCGCUGGUGUUUAACAAAUAUACAAACGUUCGACGCAGGGAGAUUGGCACAGUGCUCUUUGGAUUUCUCCCUUGAUAAGUUAUUGAGAAGAAUUUUUUAAAAGCUUUCAAUUUAUAUAGUUCAUUUAUUAUAGAACUACUGUGUACACCGAGCAAACGCUUGGUAGACAUAUAAUGAAUGGUACUGGCAACAACGUGUAGAGCUGUGAUCCUGCCAUUCAAGUAGCACUGUAUACAUGUACAUUUACGUAUAUACAUUUACAAGAUGUGGUAAUUAAAGGUACAGAAAACAUAAAAAUGACAUAAAGUUCAUAUGAAAGAGUGCGAAAAGUUAUCCCUAAAAGUGGUCUUUUCCGAUUUUUCCUUAAGUAGAAAAAGGCACUUGAAAAUAAUUUUUGUAUGGUGGGUAUUUGGGACCACCUUUUGGUAUUUAUAGUCUUUAACACAGGAUGUAACACAGGUUUAAUAAAUAUUUUUGCACUAGAAUUUGUUCUUUUCAGCUAAUAAAUGUAUUAAACCUCAAUUUAUAUUUUUAAUAUGUUAAAAAAUAUUAUCAUAAUUUAGGUUAGAUUCAUAUGUUCCGCUAUAAACAACAAAUUCACAUUCAAAUAAAUUUGUUAGACAAGCAUCACAUCCUUAUCAAUACCAAAAGUUGGUCCCAAAUACCCACCAUACAAAAAUAUUUUCAAAUACCCUUUUAUCUUGAAAAAAAAAAAAUAAUUAAAGAUCAUAUUUGCAAAUAAGUUUUGACGCUCUUUCAUCUGAUUUUCGCAUAAUUUUUCUGUUUUCUUUUCCUUUAAGCUGGUAGCGUACACAUAGAUUGUGGGGAAGAACGUGUUCUCACACCAAUAACCUUGAAAUUAAAGUAUUUUGAGUUAUGCUAAAGUUAAAUUCUGUCAUUGUACCAGAUUUUGCUGUUGAAUAUAACAGGCAUAUUUCAUUCAUUCAACAUAAUGGUUGUAUUAGAUCAACAGGAUUUUUAUGUUGAAUAUGGAAUCGUAUUAUCACUCAAACAACAGAAGUUUUGUUAAAAUUAACAGAUUAUUUUUGAGUAUGUGCAAAGUAAGAGGUUUAAUGAUACAAGACCCUGACCGUGAUUCCGUACUUUGUAAGACCUAUGCAUGGGAAGUCAGUGAUGAUUACAGGCUGUAUAUUUAGGUCUCGGUGAAGAAAAAUGGAAUAACGAUUUGAUCUUUGUCGAAUCUAGAUAACAUGGCGAGCAGGGAAACGGCGAAUCUGUCUGCUUCCCAUUUGUGAUUGGCUGAUCGUAAACAUCGCGUCUACCGAUAGUUCACGAGAUUCUAAAUACGGCGAUCUUCAGAUCUGAGUUUAAACGCGUGUUAGACAUUGUGUAGGGAACUAACACAAGAGUGCUGGUCUUUUUGCCGCAGCAUUUGUUUUAUAUAUAGGUUUAUCCACGGCCUCGGUGGGUACGAUUAGGGUAUACGUCAUUAUGACAUGGAACCGACCGCAAUUCCGAUAAAAAGCUUGGAGGAUUCAGUUUGAAUACCAAGUAGGGAUUUCAACUCCGAUAUUCAGAAUCGAAAUCAGAAGGUAAAUCCACCAAUUAUAAGUGUUGAAAAGCUCGUUCACAUGGUUACGCGUAACAUAUAUCAUUUUUAUGGAAAUUGGGCAGUGAAAAGAUGAUCACCACAGUGCUAGCAUGUUUCUACAUAAGAAUUGCCAAAGAAUUCAUGUCGUUACCUUGCCGAAAGUAAAUAUCGACAACGGAAGACUUGUUGACCUGUUGCUGCUGUCGUUGCUCUUUUGUAUGUAAAUAUCACGUAUAUCUCUAUGGCGAACCACAUUUGACAAGCCUUUUAUCUUUUUAAUUUAAGUCGAACUGUGAAUGUUCAUUAUUUAACUCUUCUGUGUUCCGCUUUGCAAAAACAGUCCCUCUAUAUUGCUUUGUACGCCUAACUGAAAGGCUUUUUUAACGCUGUUGUUACCUUUAUUCCUUCCUUUUCCAAAGCCGGUGUUUUGACCAGCAAAGGCCAUUUCAUAAAGAGUGCUGUGUUUACGACAGCAACAUAUGUCGUCUAGAAAACCAUAUGCUAAUAUGCUCUUGACUAGCAGUCUGAGGUGUGGAACGUUAAUAUCUCUCUGGGUGAAAUGGGUCACAGAUGGUCUGUUAAAUAGAUGGUGCUCAAUAUUAGCGAAUAUUUCAUAUUUCAUUUUCUCCAGAAAUAAUGUUUCGACGCUCAGAAAACUGUUGGCAAUUGUCCAGGUGAUAUUUAAGAAUAAAGUUUUAAAUGAGGGCCAGAUUGGAACUGAACAUUUUAUUAAAAUCAUGCGUUUCUAGUUCUAAACAUGUGGAAAAGUUUGCACUCACGUACUUCAAAAUAUAACAUCAAAAUAUCUGAGAUAUAAUCACGUUUACACCAAUCUUUCCACACAUCCGGUUGAAGUACAGCUUACAAGCAGUAGUUGACAUCCAGCUCAUCAAGAUUUCCUUUGUGACGUCACACAUCGUGAUCAUGCGUCAUAGGUAUCGUCAGAGUAAUGGAUGAUUAAUGCACACUUAAAACGACAAAGUACAGACUUUGAAAUGGAUGAAUGAAUGGUUGUGGCUUAACACCACAUCGGCAAUUUUGCAGCCAUAUCGUGGCGAGUCUUUGAAAUGGAGAACGCGUACAAAUUUCCCUUCUCCAGACAACUUCUCACCCGUUUGAAACUGGUGUAGAUAAUACAAAUAAGUAGGCUGUCAAUGUUAUCUUUAACAAUACUGCAUAAUUACGUUCAUUAAUUUGCUUCGCCACUAUCUAACGUAGAAUAAAGAAAUCCACAUAAGUUAUGAAGCUCGUUAUGAGUAUAUUACAAUUAUACCACGUUAUUCAAAAUUUUCUCAACAUUGGAGCGGAAAACACACUAUUGUUCAAAAACAUAAGAUGCAGUGUACGGUUAGCUAUUAAAAGAACACACACUCCCUGCAUUCGAUACCGGGGGUGUUACAAAUGUGAAAGUGGGCGUAUCGUUACUAAGCGCCAAUCAAAUUGACGGGCAUAAAAUU